GAGCAAAAACAAAAUUCAAUUCAAUAUAAACAAUUACAUUUCUGGAAGACCAAUUCAAAUUGGGUGGUUUAUAUUUUCAAGAAAAGCCUCCUCAAUUUCAUCCUGAGGCUUUUCUUGCUCUAGAAAUUUGAAUUUGUAUGCAAAAUCUAUCUUUGUUGAGAAAAAAGAUUCGAUUUUGAUUGAAACCCAAUUUGUAUUUCAUGGCGGGUGUGUUUGAAUUGUGAAGGGCGUCGAUCGUUUCUCCGAUUCUUGCUGUAAAAUUUUGAUGAAUCUUGAUUUCAGCGAAGAAGACUGGCUUGUGAACAUAGAUUUUGUUCCCAGGCCUUUGAUUCUGCCUGUUGGAAACAAGUCGUUUUGCUUCUCUAUUCCAAGAGAUAGAUGGGAUAAGGAGUUUUAUAAAUUGAAGGGUGGAUAAUAAUCUCUUCCUUGAUUUUGGUUGAAAAUUGGGAUCUUUGGGAUUGAAUUGUUGAGAUUAGGUUUUGAAGAUGAUGGAUUCUUCAAGGGGUUCUACUCUGUCAUCCAAUGUGACUGGAUUUGCAGGAGCAGCUUCUGCUCACAGAGAGGCCAAGUAUAUGGAUACCGUUCCUGUGUAUGUAAAGGAGCUGAUUGCUGGUGGGGCAGCUGGUGGAUUUGCUAAGACUGCCGUUGCCCCGUUGGAACGAACUAAAAUCCUUUUGCAGACUAGAACACAAGGUUUUCAUUCGCUAGGGGUUUACCCAACAUUGAAGAAGCUACUGAAGCACGAAGGUGUAGCAGGAUUUUACAAAGGGAAUGGAGCAAGUGUACUUAGGAUUGUACCCUAUGCAGCAUUACAUUUCAUGGCCUACGAGCAGUAUCGUUCACGAAUAUUGGAUAACUACUCGGCCUUGGGAACGGGGCCCGUUGUGGAUCUUUUAGCUGGCUCGGCUGCUGGUGGUACUGCAGUUUUAUGCACUUAUCCCCUAGAUUUGGCUCGCACCAAACUUGCGUACCAGGUUGUAGACACAAGAGGAAAUUUGCAGCGCGGAACGAGGCAGUCUAAUGCAAAUCCUUCUUACACUGGAAUUGGAGAUGUAUUCAAGAGAGUCUACACAGAAGGGGGAGUCCGUGGUCUCUACCGAGGCAUAGGUCCCACGCUUAUAGGUAUUCUUCCAUACGCUGGCCUGAAAUUUUACGUCUACGAGGAGCUCAAAAGGCGUGUCCCUGAAGAACACCAGAAGACAAUUGUUAUGCGGCUAUCUUGUGGAGCUAUAGCUGGUGUCCUUGGACAAACUUUGACGUACCCGCUAGAUGUUGUAAGGAGGCAGAUGCAGGUCGAGCAUCUGCAGCCUUCAUCGCAAGGUGGUCACAUGUAUAAGAGCACGUGGGAGGGGCUCGCUUCCAUUGUCCGUAAUCACGGUUGGAGACAGUUGUUCGCUGGCCUAAGCAUCAAUUAUAUCAAGGUUGUACCAUCUGUUGCUAUUGGUUUCACUGUUUACGACGCAAUGAAGAUUCGGUUGCAGAUUCCUCCUCGUCAGAAAUCGAGCGCGACUGCAUCUGCAUAAGCUUGCUCUACUUCAUUUACUAGCUAACGUUAAAUAGAGGAGGUGCAGCUCUUUUGAUAAAAAGCGCUAUGUGCUUAGGUUAGUUUAUGAACUUGUUGAAGUUUGAACUCAUCAUAUUCGAUUAUUAAAUAAAUCUUUGGUCCCAUAUA